GCAAACUGACAUCACUAUUAGCACGCUUUUAAAGUUUGUGCAAAAUAGGUAAAUAGAAAAUUGGGAAAAUAGGCAAGCGCCGGGAAAAUGGGAGUCCGCGGCCUGACCAGUUACAUAGCGCAGCGCGCGGAGAUCUACCUUAAGCCGCACGAGCUGCACUCCACGGCGCUGGUCAUCGAUGGCGACAACUUGAGCUGCAAUCUGUACAAGGAUGUCACCGGGAGCUACUCCGCCUUCGGCGGCGACUACGACGACUUCUACCGCGCCGUGGUGCAGUUCUUCCAGGUUCUGGCCGAGUGCAACAUUCGGCCCUAUGUGCUCAUGGACGGCGGGUACGAGGAGCGCAAGCUGAGGACCGUUAGCACCCGGCUGCGCAACAAGAUUUCCGUGAUCAAGAAGAUAAACCCCAAUGCAUCCAUCACGCUGUUCCCGCUGCACCUCAAGGAGGUUUUCGUGGACGCUGUGCGCGACUGCGGAGUCCCGGUGAUGAGGUGCGUCUUUGAGGCGGACGACGAGUUGGCUGCUCUGGCCAGGAAACUUAACUGCCCAGUGCUCUCCUACGACUCGGAUUUCUACAUCCACAACGUCAAGUACAUCCCGCUGAUCACGCUGACUGUUAAGGUUCUCACCAAGCAGGUGAAGGACAAGAACAGCAGCAACCAGAAGGACAGUCGAGAUCUACGUCACUGCGAGGCCAAGAAUGUGAAGAAGCGCACCAGGGCCAACAAGAUUGUGACUGGCAUUCAAACCACAGGGCUGACAGCCAGUACAAAAGGCAGUUCCAAGACCUACAAGUACCUCGACUGCUGCAUCUACCGGGUGUCCCAUCUCUGCGGACGAGGAACUCUGAGUCCCGAGAAGCUACCCCUUUUUGCCGCCCUCCUGGGCAAUGACUAUAUUGCCCGCAGUGCCUUCAAGAACUUUUUUGCUGCGGGAAUGGGCAAAGCAGGACGAAGUCGCAAACUAAAGCUCCAGCAGAAGCGCAUACAGGUCAUCCUCACAUGGCUGAAGGAGGAAACGGCGGAAUCUGCUCUGGCUAAAGUGCUGUCGAGACUGAAAAAGAACCAGCGUGAUUCCCUGGUCUCCCAAGUGAAUGCAGCCAUCUCUGGUUACUCCAACGAGUUGUGCCACGCCUACGAUUACUUCGAUGAGCACUACGAGAAUGCUUUUCCUUAUAUAGAACCCGUCAGUGAAGAGGAAUGCAGCGACGAUGAACAUUCGUCUAGCUCCGAUGAAAAAUUUUCAGAUGUCGAAGAAGGCGAGGAUCAGGAGGAAGCUGAUAACCAAGAUGAGGAGCAGCAGGAAGAAAAUCAAGACGUUGAUUCGGGUGAUGAAGAAGAAGAGGAGGCGGAUGAAGGCCUCGAGCUGGAAGUGGAAGACAAAACGCUACUCUUCCCACAAUGGUUUCUGGACAAACUAUAUCCCGCGCACCUGCCCCGCAGCUUCGUGGACCUUAUGCACCUGCGCAAGUACAUCAACAACCCACAGAUCGAGCACUUUCCCUUCCACGACUCCAAUGAAGUGGCCUUACCCAUCCUGAACUACGUGUUCGCUCUUCUCCAUCACGUAGAGUGUGAGAAAAUUGAGCUACCAUUAGAAGUGGAUAUGGAUAUAGAGGGUUCGACAGUCCCCUAUCUCACCUACCUCACCAGAGCUCUGCGAGUGACGAACGUGAGGUAUUUCAAGAUGCCCAUUGAAAAGAAGCCUGCCUAUCCGUUUGAUCCUCUUUCGCCGGAUGCUAGGCAUUUAAGAGCUGUAUUCGAAGACAAUGCUCCCAAUGCGGAUACGGAGAAGUUGUUCAGCAAGCUCGACCAGUUGCCGGAGGACCUGAGGCUGUACUUUCUGGCCAUUAUCUACUGGUUACAUCGCUCGGAGCACUGUGAUUUGCUGCAUCUUCACUCGCUGAUCCUUAGUUUGGUUGUCCUACGAACCAUAGAUGUUACAAUCCCUGCUGAACGAGAGGUGAAAACCUUCCUUAAAAGAUUUGGCAAGACAUUGAAAGCAGAGCGAGCAGUGAGGGAUAAGGAAGCUGCCGAGGGAAUUAAGCGCGGCAUCAAACCUGCUCUGCUAGAGCUUUCUGUUCCAGAUCGGAUGGCUCAUGUACCCAAAUCGGACUGCUAUUUAACUCAGGAACGCCUACUGCCGCACUUCCAUAUGCAGGAGAUCUUCAAAAAGAAGUUUGACUUGUACUCCACCACGGUUAUCCACGCAUUUGCUGAAUUUCAGGCUGUGGUUUACCAACUCAAUGGGCUAAAUUCUCUUUUGGAUUUUCCACUUUUGAGUCCGAGGAUGAACCAGCUUUAUUGCGGCGCCUUUCUCUACAACAUGUAUGAUGUACUGAGGAAUCGUGCCGAUGUCCGCUACCAUGUUGAGAACUUCCUGCUGCCCGACUCCAAGUUGAUGUUCGAUUUCUAUUGCUACUUGUACGACUGGUGCGCGGAGUUUAUACCAACUUGGAAGCGAUUGGAGGUGGAUCCGACGGCGGCAAAGGCCCUGCAGAAGAAGCGAUUGAAGAAGCAGCGUCAGGCGGCUAGGAAAGUGGAGCUAAGGGAGGCCAUCGCGGAUCCCAAUGCGGAAAUGGUCGAGGAUGCCGAUCCAGAAAACGACUUCUUCGAUCUGAACAACAAAUUCUGCGCACUCAAGGUAGCGUAGCUAGUUUGAAGUCCCGCACGUGCAAUUUUGAAGUUUUUACAUUGUUACAAAUCUAUACUUUGCGUAAAAUAAGAAAAAAAUUAAAUAUUUUUU